UGACGGAGGCCUGAGCCAAUCUCAAGAUGACAGUAUUGUGGGAACCAGGCACUGUAGACACAGCCUGGCUAUAAUGCCAAUUCCUGGAACGCUCUCAUCCAGCAGCCCAGAUCUCUUGCAGCCUACCACCAGCAUGUUGGACUUUUCCAAUCCCACAGCUGUUGGUUUUUACUAUAUUCCUGAUCAAGUUAUAAGAGUUUUCAAAGCAGAUCAACAAAGUUGCUACAUUAUCAUCAGUAAAGACACUACAGCUAAAGAAGUGGUCUGCCAAGCUGUUCAGGAAUUUGGUUUGACUGGUGCAUCUGACACAUACUCUCUCUGUGAAGUUUCUGUUACUCCUGAGGGUGUCAUAAAGCAGAGAAGACUUCCAGACCAGUUCUCCAAAUUAGCUGAUAGAAUUCAACUCAAUGGAAGAUAUUACCUAAAAAAUAACAUGGAAACAGAAACAUUGUGUUCUGAUGAAGAUGCCCAGGAACUACUUAAGGAAAGCCAGCUGUCCAUGCUGCAGCUUAGCACCAUUGAGAUUGCCACUCAGCUGUCAAUGAGGGACUUUGAUUUAUUUCGUAAUAUUGAGCCUACUGAAUAUAUUGAUGAUCUUUUUAAGUUAGAUUCCAAAACAGGAAAUACUCACUUGAAACAAUUUGAGGACACUGUAAACCAAGAGACAUUCUGGGUUGCCUCAGAGAUUUUAAGUGAAUCAAAUCAGCUCAAAAGAAUGAAGAUUAUUAAACAUUUUAUUAAAAUUGCCCUUCAUUGCCGAGAAUGCAAGAACUUCAAUUCCAUGUUUGCAAUAAUAAGUGGCUUGAACCUGGCACCUGUAGCACGACUUAGAGGCACUUGGGAAAAGUUACCAAGCAAAUAUGAGAAACAUCUUCAAGAUCUACAAGACCUUUUUGAUCCAUCUAGAAACAUGGCAAAAUACCGAAAUAUUCUUAGUAGUCAAAGCAUGCAGCCUCCAAUUAUUCCACUCUUCCCUGUUGUCAAGAAAGAUAUGACAUUUCUUCAUGAAGGAAAUGACUCCAAAGUAGAUGGCUUAGUAAACUUCGAGAAACUAAGAAUGAUUGCCAAGGAAAUUCGUCAUAUUGUUCGAAUGACUUCUGCUAACAUGGACCCUGCCAUGAUGUUCCGACAGAGGUCAUUAAGUCAAGGCAGCACAAAUUCAAACAUGCUGGACGUUCAGGGAGGUGCUCAUAAGAAAAGAGCACGACGCAGCUCACUGUUGAACGCCAAGAAGCUGUAUGAAGAUGCCCAAAUGGCAAGGAAAGUGAAACAGUAUCUUUCUAGUCUGGACAUAGACACAGAUGAGGAAAAGUUCCAGAUGAUGUCAGUGCAGUGGGAGCCUGCAUAUGGUACCUUGACAAAGAGCUUAACUGAAAAAAGAUCAACCAAGUCAUCUGAAAUGUCUCCUGUACCUUUGAGGUCAGUUGGCCAAGCAGCUAAAGUCCACCUUCAUCAGCCACAUAGAGUGAGCCAGGUGCUUCAGGUGCCAGCAGUUAACUUGCACCCCAUCAGGAAGAAAGGACAAGCCAAAGACCUUGUGCUGA